AUGCUACUCAUCCUCCUCAUACAGGUUCAGUCCAGGAGCACGCUUGCCGACGGUACGAGCUCGUCGGCAUCGGCACAGCCAGCUCCAUGCCUUCCAGGCCAGGCUUGGGCGCUGCUCCGCCUGAAGAACUCAUUCGAUGCAACAGCCGGCGACUACUCCGCCGCAUUCCGGUCAUGGAUCGCUGGCACGGACUGCUGCCGCUGGGAGGGCAUCCGAUGCGGCGGCGCCCAAGGCCGUGCCGUCACCUCCCUCGACUUGGGAUACCGAUGGCUACGAUCCCCAGGUCUUGAUGAUGCACUCUUCAGCCUAACCUCCCUCGAGUACCUUGACAUCUCUUGGAACGACUUCAGUGCGUCCAAGCUCCCAGCCACUGGGUUUGAGAAGCUCGCCGAGCUCACCCAUCUUGACCUCUGCAGCACCAACUUCGCCGGCCGGGUACCCGUUGGCAUCGGCCGCCUCAAGAGCCUGGCCUACCUUGACCUGUCCACAACAUUCUUUGAAGAUGAGCUGGACGAUGAGAACAACGUCAUCUAUUACUACUCAGACACAAUUUCACAGCUCUCGGAACCGAGCUUGGAGACCUUGCUCGCAAACCUCACCAACCUGGAGGAGCUUCGUCUGGGCAUGGUGAACAUGUCGAGAAACGGCGCACGGUGGUGCGACGCCAUGGCCAGGUCCUCCCCAAAGCUGCGGGUCAUUAGCAUGCCGUACUGCUCACUCUCCGGUCCCAUUUGCCACUCACUCUCGGCCUUGCGAUCACUUUCAGUGAUAGAGCUGCACUACAAUCAUUUGUCUGGUCCAGUUCCUGAGCUCCUGGCUACUCUCUCCAACCUUACUGUUCUUCAGCUUUCAAAUAACAUGCUUGAAGGGGUGUUUCCUCCCAUCAUAUUCCAGCUUCAGAAAUUAACUAGUAUUAGCCUCACUAAUAAUCUUGGGAUCUCCGGAAAACUGCCUAAUUUCUCUGCUCACAGUUACUUACAAAGUAUAUCUGUGAGCAACACCAACUUCUCCGGCACAAUUCCAGCUUCCAUCAGCAACCUCAAAUAUCUGAAGGAGUUGGCACUUGGAGCUAGUGGUUUCUCUGGAAUGCUGCCAUCUUCCAUUGGAGAGAUCCAAGGUGCAAUACCUCAGUGGACAUGGGAGACAUGGACGAUGAACUUUUUCUUGUUGAACCUAUCACAUAAUAACUUUACGAGUAUUGGAUCCAAUCCUUUACUUCCCCUUUACAUUGAAUACUUUGAUCUCAGUUUCAACAAUUUUGAUGGAGCAAUACCAGUACCACAAAAAGGAAGUAUCACACUUGAUUACUCAACCAACCGGUUCUCAUCUAUGCCUCUUAAUUUCUCCAGUUACCUUAAGAGUACAGUCGUUCUCAAAGCCUCCGACAAUAGCCUCUCUGGAAACAUUCCCUCAUCGAUUUGUGAUGCAAUUAAGAGUUUACAACUACUUGAUCUCUCUAAUAACAACUUGACAGGCUCAAUGCCAUCAUGUCUGACGCAAAAUGCAAGUGCAUUGCAGGUAUUAAGUCUAAAACAAAACCAUCUUACUGGCGAGUUACCUGAUAAUAUCAAGGAAGGUUGUGCAUUAAGUGCAUUAGACUUCAGUGGCAAUAUGAUUCAAGGACAGCUACCAAGAUCUUUGGUUGCCUGUAGGAAUCUGGAGAUCCUUGACAUCGGCAACAAUCAAAUUAGUGACCACUUCCCAUGUUGGAUGAGUAAACUUCCUGAACUUCAAGUCCUGGUCCUCAAGUCUAACAAGUUCCAUGGGAAAAUAAUGGAUCCUUUGUAUACCAGAGAUGGAAACAACUGUCAAUUUUCCAUGUUGCGGAUUGCUGACAUAGCCUCAAACAACUUCAGUGGCACAUUGCCAGAAGAGUUGUUUAAGAUGCUCAAGUCCAUGAUGACCAGGUCAGAUAACGAGACUUUAGUCAUGGAACAUCAGUAUUCCCAUGGCCAGACAUACCAGUUUACUGCUGCACUCACAUACAAAGGCAAUGACAUAACAAUUUCCAAGAUCUUGAGAUCACUUGUGCUCAUUGAUGUCUCAAAUAAUGAAUUCGAUGGUAGCAUCCCUUCAAGCAUUGGGGAACUUGCGUUGCUUCAUGGACUCAACAUGUCUCAUAACAUGCUUACAGGGCCAAUUCCAACUCAGUUUGACAAUUUGAACAACCUUGAGUCGUUGGACCUCUCCUCAAAUAAGCUUUCUGGUGAGAUUCCACAAGAGCUAGCAUCGUUGAACUUCCUUGCAACAUUGAAUUUGUCCUAUAAUAUGUUGGCUGGAAGAAUACCACAAUCGUCACACUUCUCGACAUUUUCCAAUGCCUCUUUUGAGGGAAAUAUUGGGCUCUGCGGACCCCCAUUGUCUAAACAAUGUAGCGACCGAUCUGAACCAAACAUCAUGCCACAUGCUUCCAAGAAGGAUCCCAUAGAUGUUCUACUUUUUCUCUUCACUGGGUUGGGAUUUGGUGUCUGCUUUGGAAUUACAAUUUUAGUGAUAUGGGGAAGCAACAACAGGAAGCAGCAAGCCUGAGAGGGAACCAUGUUAUAGAAUGGCAGAAUAUUUUGUCAGUCACUCUUGAUCACUCUAGCAACAGUCAGAAAGAGUAGUAUGAAUAGUGAUGUAUGAAUUAAAUAAAGGAUGAUUAUGUUACCAUGGAAGGAUAAUACUAUGGACAAUGUAAUUAAGCAACAAAGCAGGCAAUAUUGUAUCCAUGAAAAGAUAUGUUUACAUUUGAGAGCUA